CUCUACAAAAGGUCGUUCGUGUUCCGCGCUGAAAGCCGCCGCCGCAGCACCGCCUUCCUGGUGACCCCUCCCCUUUUUGACCCUCACAUCUUUCAUCCUGUGCCCCGCCCCUUCCCUCCAGUGCCAGGCAUUAUUGGGGGGGACUACGACCAGAGACCCAACCUCCCGUACGGCCUCCUGCCCCGCCCCCGAUACGACCCCAUCGGGCCGCUGUCAGACCCCUUCGCUCGGCCCCGGUUCAGACCCUCUGGGGGAGGGGCAGACGUCCGGCGGGGUUUCAUCUGAACCCUGGACUGAAGGAGGAACGUGGUGACCUCACGUGGGGGGUGUGGCCUCACUCCAAAGAGUCAUGUGAUCCAAAAUAGUAUUUAAAGAGAUUUUUCUAUUAAACUACUGAAAUUAAAUA